AUGGCUACUUCAACACUCCACGUGCUGGCGCCUAGUGCGCUGCUUCUGCUGCUUCCCGACGUCCAUGCGCAGUCGAGCUCGGCUUCCUCUGCGUCCGUGGUGGGAGAUGUCUCCGAAGUGAGCACAACCAACAUGACCGACACCUGCGGCCAGGACGAGUACUCCAACGACUGCUGGUACCCGGUGUCGUGCAAGGGAUGCCUCGCCCGCACGGGCUGUGCCGUCGAGGUUUCAACCGGCCAGUGCGUGUCGAGCUCGAGUUCGGUCAUCUUGGACGCGGAUACCUCCAGCAUUUCAUACUUCCUCAGCGGCGAGGUCGAGUACUGCCGCGCCACCGACCCGGCCUGCUUCUCGUGCCGCCGGGGCAACGCUCCUGCGGUGUGCUUCGGCUCGAGCGAUUGUGUGUGCGUGUCCCAAUGUGAGCGGCUCUCGACGCAGGCCACCAAGUGCCUGCCCUCCUCGAUGGGGGGCCUGAGCUCGGCGAGCCUCAUCGCCGCGGUGGCCGUGAUCCUGCCGCUGGUCACGUACCUCAUCUUCAAGGGCAGUCCGUGCUCGUCGAGCUGCAGCAUUAGUCGAUGGUGGCGGCGCAGGAAAGACAAGACCAAGCGCAACCUUCCCGGCGGCCUCAAGCUCGACGCCUGGCGGAACCACCUCAACGAGCGCGCCGAGCCCGUGGACGAGCAGUUUGCCGAUCUCGAGCUCCGUUCGUGCUUCGUACCCAUGAACUCCGUCAGGCACCAGCCGCACAGCGCAGAGACCGGCGGCGUGCAUGUUGAAGCUGGCACCGACACCGGCGACGUCGCGCGGGCCGUGGCGGCGACGGACCUGCCGCUCUCGCCGACAGCGCACCGAAGCACAGCAGCAGCAGCGGAUCAGGAGAACGAGGACGGGCGGUGCGCUGCGACCGAGCUCGUGUAG